AUGUUAUUUAGAGAACUUUCUUUCCUUUUCUCGCUAUUCCAUUUGGAGUUUGGUCUGCCAGCUGCGGUACCUGUACUACCGUUGAACAACAAGGAAGCCAAACGAGAAUGCUGCGCAGAUAGAAUGAAUGCCAUUGCCACAAACAUAGCUAUCAAAGCUGCACAGGAUGCUAAAGCAGCUCAAUUUGCCCAGAAUAAUGCAGCUUGUCAAGCAGCGUUUCAGGUGAAAAAACAGCUGGCCGACAAAGCCGUGGAAGCUGCUAAGGCUGCUCAAGCUGCUCUUGUUGGUAAAGUAGCCUUAGUGGAAGAAUUGACCAGAGAACAACAAGCGGUGACAAUUGUGUUACAAGAAGAGGUGAACAGCAAGCUUCAACUGGAACAAGCCAUUAAUGAAGGAAUGAAAGCAUUAGCUGGCGUCGACUCUCUGAUUAACAUUAUAAGAUCUGGUUUGCAAUUGGCCCAGACAACUUCCACAAAUGCAGACUCAGCUUUGACGGGGGUUCAAAGAGAACUUUGCGAUAAGAAAUGUCUGCUGAAUCAAGCUUAUCAUGCUGUCGACAUAUUGGGUAAAGAGGAAGCUAGGGCAAUUAACGACUUGGAAACAACUAAAUGUGCCGUGAGAAGAGCUGUACAAGCAGCAGUAGCAGCAAAGGCUAAUGCUAUGAGGGCUAAACGCGAUUUUAGCAACAUUACACCAAUGGUCGUGAAAAAUACUUGA